CUGCUGCUGAAGCCAUACAAUUGUGUAUUAAAUCUCGAAACGAGCGCCCGUGAUACCGGUGCUCGGGAAAUGCGGUAUUCACGCCCUCAUUAUGUCGACAGAUCUGACACCAUAGGAAUACCCUGCUGGACUAUAUAAACGCAAAUGACGUGACGCAGACGUUAACUUCGAAAUGUCACUACCGGCCCCCCAAGGCGUUGCGUCUCCAACUUUCAAAGCUCCUCCGCUCGAUGGGUCGCUAACAUUCCCAGAAUUACUCGACUACAAUGCCAUCCAUAGCCCUAAACACCCCUGGUUUCGUUACGAUGAUCUUGACAAUAGUGGUUUUCGUACCAUAUCUUGGGAAGAGGGCGUCGCUGCCAUCCACACUGCUGGACACUACUUCAAGAGAUACAUCCGCGGCGAAGCUCCCGUUACGAUAGGUAUUCUAGCCAAUACCAAUUCGAUCACCUACUCCGCGGUAAUCACUGGGUUGAUGCGUCUCGGGUUCAUUCCUUUCCCUAUUUCACCCCGUAACUCUGCUGCUGCGGUCGCCCAUCUGCUGAAGUCCACAAACUGCAAACACCUAGCCGUCGGCCAGGAUGUAUCCUUGCAAAAAGUGGCAGACAUGGUCUGCCAUCAAUUCUGGGAAACUGAUGUUGACGACAAGAUCACUACCGUGCCAAUGCCCUGCUUCGGCGAUCUCUUCUCUGAAAAACCGGGGGCAUAUGAACCACUCCCUCCUGUACGGCCUGAUUGGUCCCAAACAGCGUUCAUUAUGCAUUCUUCAGGAACAACGCGCUUUCCCAGUCCUAUCUACGCCACGCACAAGAACUUGUUACACCAUGCUGUGAGACCAUAUUAUGGAGAUAUGGACCUAUGUGGCCAAGUGCACGCAGCCCAAGCAACUCCUGUGUAUCACGUGAUGGGCUUUGUUUCUAUCACGAAUUCAACCGCAACGGGUUCUGUUAUGGCCUGCUUUCCUCCGGUAGAGCCGCCUGUGAUACCAACGGCUGAGCGCCUUCUAUCUAGCAUAAUUAACACCGGAACAACCGUAGUGUUCGCCAUUCCUUCAUUCCUGGUGGAAUGGGCCCGGGAUCCACAGGCGGUCGAGGUUUUGAAAGCUGCCACCGCAGUUAUUUAUGGUGGCGGUCCCUUAGAGAAGGACGUUGGUGAUAUUCUCGUCGCAAACGGUGUCUUUCUAUUCUCUGUCUAUGGACUCACUGAAUCCACGGUAUCUAUGGUUAUGCCUGACAGUAUUCCUGCCGAAGGAUGGGAGUGGAUGAGGGUGGCAAGAAAUGUCGACGUCGCUUUGGUGCCAACAGACGAGCAGGAUAUCUACCGUUUGUACGUAAAGGAUGGACCAUUGCACUCGCCAGCGGUCUUCGACUCUGAGAUAGACGGAGUCAAAGCCUUUGACACGAAAGACUUGGUGCAGCUACAUCCUUCAAACCGCAAUUUAUUCAAGGUCUAUGGACGGGCUGAUGAGCAGAUCAUGCACAGCACAGGGGAAAAAACAAACCCUGUCCCAAUCGAGGCUGGCCUAGUCACGGAUAAGCGUAUAGCGGCAGCCAUGAUGUUUGGUCGUUCCAAAUUCCAGCCGGGUGUUCUCAUUUUACCCACUCCGGAGGAAGCCUUCGACCCGAGUGAUACCGUGCGACUUGCGGAAUACCGAGCUAGCAUCUGGGAUACUAUCAUGAAAGUUAACGAGCAGGCACCUCAGCAUUCUCGAAUCUACAAGGAGAUGAUUAUUGUUGCGAACCCGGUGAAGCCUUUCGAAUUCACUACAAAAGGAUCUCUGCGACGCCAGGCCGUGUUGAAAGCAUACGAGCAAGAAAUUGAGUCUCUGUAUAAGACUGUCGACGAAGUGUCGCAGACGGACGUUGUCAUUCCGCAGCUAUGGACUUUGAGGAACGUCGUGACCAUGGUUAGGGAUAUUGUCACAGCAGUCUUCGAACGGAAAAUAGGCGACUCCGAUGAUAUUUUCUUAGCGGGAGGUGAUAGCUUAACAGCGACGUCUAUCCGAAACUCCCUUCUUCGUGCGCUUCGGAAAUCUAAAGUAGUCCCCUUGGUCGUCAUCAGGGCUCUACCACAUAACUUCGUCUUCGAUCUUCCUUCCAUUGCCGGUAUGAGCGCUUUCAUCCACGGAAUUGUGGUGGGUGCACAUGCUGCGCCGGGAGUUGGACCGGCUGGCAAGAGCGACGAGGCCGAUGCGUACCCUGAGAUCGAUUCUGUUCCCGAUCUUGGUCAAAGCCUAGUCAAGUUACGACAAGGUGGAGGCGAGCCACCUUUGAUUAUGCUCCACGGCGCCGGAGGAUUAUAUUUCGAAUACGUUUUCUUCGCCGAGAAGUUCAGGACGGCGGUUUGGACUAUGACCGUCACACCCGAUACUCCCCUGGCAUCCCUAAACGAGUUGGCAGCUUUCUAUUUUGCCAAGAUCAAAGCGGAAAGACCCACCGGUCCGUACCGUUUAGCGUCCUACUCAGCAUCUAGCAUUCUCCUCGUUGUACUCGUGAAAAUGUUUGAGGACAACGGUGAUGAAGUCGUCCAGGCUACCAUGCUUGACCACUUCCCGGCGAUGUUCGUGUACCUGGCUAAUCAGUUUGGGAAUCCGGACCCGAGGGUGCCGCAGAAUAACAAGACGAUGCUUGACGCUGGCAUAGCGGCCAUUGGAGGGAUGAUGGAGCGGGAUUCAAACCGUGAUACGCUCCGUCGGACAAAGGACCUUCUUCUGGAAGCCUGGAAUGGCGGUGCCGCUAACGAGAUUUCACGGAAAUCAGUUGGUACCAUCAAGGCGUAUAUCACUGCCGUCACUGAGUUUGUUCAUGAUUUGACUACGGACGAGACGGGUGCCGCUUCGGUGGAGCUGAUGGCACAAUGGAUGAGGACGGUGAAGGUGCCGAUAACGGUGGUCGUUGCGCCGGAAGGGGUGGCACCAAGUGUUUCUGAAGAAGAUCGGGAGAUGUGGGCAGACCUUGGCGUGAAGCAAUGCCUUCCAAAUGCGCGGGUUGUUUUUGUCAAAGGGGGCCACUACGAGUUUUUGACAGACGAUGUUGUUAUACGACUGCUACAAGAAGGUUACUGAACUUCGUAGAUGUGGGUAUUACUUCAAACGUACCAAGCGGAUUAGGGUUCUCGUUAGACAACUUUAUGUAAUUAGAAGUAGAGCAGUCUUUGCUUUCUUCUCGACAUCGUUGGUGCUGCUCAACGAACCGUAGUUGUAUAUUUGAUUUUACAUGUUCGCACGAAAGGCGAAUCACUGAUACAAGUUUUAUCCCAUUUGAACGCAGUUUAUGUAAUUUUUGUUGCAAUAAGUGCUUCGUGUAAUUUCUUG